AGCCUCACCUGAAGAAAGGUGGGUGUGUCCUCGUGCGCAGGCCGCGCCCCCUCAACACUCACGACAUCUCCCAGGAAGAGAGGCCGGAGUGAAAAGCGCCCUGUCAGCCGGGAAGAAGCAUCUGUCUGCCGGUCCAGCUCCUCUCUGCGCGCCUCCAAAGCCCGGACACCACCAUGCUCAUCAAGGAGUUCCGGAUCGUUCUGCCCGUCUCAGUGGAAGAGUACCAAGUGGGGCAGCUGUACGCCGUAGCAGAAGCCAGUAAGAGUGAAACGGGUGGAGGAGAAGGCGUGGAGGUGUUGGUCAAUGAGCCGUAUGAGGAGAAUGGUGAGAAGGGACAGUUCACCCACAAGGUCUACCACCUGCAGAGCAAAGUGCCAGCUUUUAUCAAGACUGUGGCUCCAAAAGGUUCACUAGAGAUUCACGAGAAGGCCUGGAACGCUUAUCCUUACUGUCGAACGAUCCUUACAAACACCUACAUGAAAGAUAAGUUCCUUAUUAAGAUUGAGACGUGGCACAAACCUGACAUGGGGAACCAGGAGAACGUACACGGACUGGAUGAGAAAACAUGGGGCAACGUUGAGGUUGUUAACAUUGACAUCGCUGACAAAAACUCCAUCAGUUCAAAGGACUACAAGGCAGAUCAGGAUCCAUCCAUCUUUAAGUCGGAGAAGACGGGCAGAGGGCCUCUGGGUCCUGACUGGAAGAGUGAACUUCCUAACAACCCUAACUGUCCACACAUGUGUGCCUACAAGCUGGUCACUGUGGAGUUCAAGUGGCUGGGACUUCAAAAUAGAAUAGAAAAUUACAUCCAAAAGGUGGAGAAGCGUUUGUUCACCCACUUCCACAGACAGUUGUUCUGCAGCAUCGACAAGUGGAUUGAACUGACAAUGGAUGACAUCCGCAGAAUGGAGGAGGAGACCAAGAGGGAGCUGGACGAGAUGAGGAAGAAUGAUGAAGUUAAAGGGAUGGGAGCAGAUGAUUGACAGAAAGUCACGCGAUCUUGAAUACAGAAGGAGUCUCCUUCUUCUACUGAGCUCAGACUCCAGACCGGAACAACAGCUGCUUUCUAAGCUUUGUUCAGAAAAAAAAACACCUUUCAUCCUAAUAAAUGUUCUGCUCUUAAUAAGAGCUCGAUCCUGGGAGGCAAUGGUGCAUAUUUAUGUACAACUGUUGAAUAAAGGUACAGCUGCUCUGGAUUUGGAUACUUUUUUUUUUUUUUAAAGCAGGUUUACAAACUGACACGUCUGCACUGUGGAGGGAAUUUUCUAAAGCAAAGGUGGGGUUGUUUCUUUAUCACUGGUAUCUUUUUUUUUUUAAACUCAUUGGUUUACCUUUUAGUGUGGUAUUGGCUGUAAUUGUUUGUAUUUUUGGAGGAUGGAAAGAGGAGGGUGUUACAACAGCCGGUCAAAAUUUCCCACCUGUUUUUCUCUGCAAAGAACAGAAAUGAUGUAUUUGGCAAAGUUGGACGUUUUCAUAUUACAGGUGCCUGUAUUCCGGUUUCUGUCCAGUAUUUGUAAACUCCUGCAGCACUUAAGAUUUCAUAAAGAAAUUAGUGGUUAAUUAAAUUGUAGGUGGAUGAAAGCAGAAAAAAGACAGAUUUGGUUUAUUAAAAUGUUUUGAAGUAAAAAUUUACACAUUGAUGUCAUAAUGUUAAGAGUGCCUUUUGUCAAAUACCUGAUUGUUUUGUUUUUUGUCUUUCCAUCAAGUUCACUAAGAUUCGGAACUAAGCUGAUUUAUAAUUACCUAGGAAAUUAAAGUUUUGUCUUGACUGUUUUUGUUCUGUAAGUCUAUAUGAAUCUGGAUGGUUGUAAUUAUAUGAUGGUGCAUUACAUUAAAACCAAUUUUAUUUUU